CAAAGCUAAACACAUUUCAAUAAAAACAACAGAGAAAGUGUUGUGUUUGUUGGUGUUUGCUUUUGUUCAAUAUUAGCGACCUUUAGGUUUUCCAGACAUGUAGACAACAGUGUAGCUCAGUGAUUAGAAGUUAGACUGUUACAGAAUGGAUAAAUGUUUAAUUUAGUUGUAAAGAAGUCUGAGUGACGGGUGUAGCUGUGUGUUUUGGAGUGUGAGAGGAAAGUGCAGCCUGAUUAGCAUCGCAGUGUUUCUUCCUCCAGUGGAUUUCCAGGUCGGAGAAGGAUGGGGUCGCUCGGGAGUCGUUUUCAAGCCGCUCCCCACCGCCUCAGCGAGACGCCGCAACCUCGCUGUGCAGGAAGCACACACGCCUGUGAGUGCAAGAAGAGGAAACGAAGCUCACACUGCGAAUGUGACAGUGAGCCAGAGGAAGAGGACAGUCUGCUGGACACACCGUGCAGGAAAAAGCUGAAAAGCACGUCUAAGUACAUUUAUCAGACGCUGUUCCUGAACGGGGAGAACAGCGACAUCCGGAUCUGUGCGCUCGGCCAGGAGUGGAACCUGCACAAAGUUUACCUGUGUCAGUCGGGAUACUUCUCCAGCAUGUUCAGUGGCUCCUGGAAGGAAUCCAACAUGAUGGUCAUCCAGUUGGAGAUCCCAGAUCAGAAUAUCGACACAGAAGCUCUUCAGGUGGUGUUUGGCUCCCUCUACAGGGACGACGUUCUGAUCAAACCCAGCCGAGUUGUCAGUAUCCUGGCUGCUGCCUGCAUGCUCCAGCUGGAUGGGCUAAUCCAGCAGUGUGGUGAAACCAUGAAGGAGAACAUUAGUGUGAAGACGGUGUGUGGCUUCUAUGCCGCUGCUAACAUGUACGGCCUGGACUCUGUCACAAAGAAGUGUUUGGAGUGGCUGCUCAAUAACCUGAUGACCCAUCAAAAUGUGGACCUCAUGAAGGAGCUGGGGGUUGAAAUCAUCGAGCAGCUGAUUCAGUCAUCAGAUCUUUUUGUCAUGCAAGUGGAGAUGGACGUGUACACUGCUCUGAAGAAGUGGAUGUUCCUGCAGCUCAAUCCGUCAUGGGAUGGUCCCAUUAAGCAGCUUCUGGUCGAUGCAGAUACGUGGCUCUGUAAAAGAAGAAGUGAGCUGGGAGAGGAGGAGCCAUUUCUGUGCACGGAGCAGGGCUCACCUUUUACCCCCGUCUUCAGACAUGUCCGCCUGCAGUACAUCAUCAACGACCUGGCCUCGGCCCGCAUCCUCGAGAGGGAUAACAUCAUUCCACCCGACUGGUUGUCCAGGAUAUACAAGCAGCAGUGGUUCGCCAUGCUUCGAACAGAGCAUGACAAUGACAACGGACCCCAAGAGGCCAAUAAGGAGGAAUUUGAACAGAACAGCAUGCGCUGCGGUCGAAAGCUAAACAAAGAUGGAGAUUACUGCUGGAGAUGGACAGGUUUUAAUUACGGGUUCGAUCUGCUGGUCACCUACACCAACCGCUUCAUUGUGUUCAAGAGGAAUACGCUCAGUCAGCCGUGCGGGGGUGCGGUCAGCCUACAGCCACGACGACACCUUGCUUUCAGGUUACGGCUCGCGUCGUUCGACAGCUGUGGCAAACUGAUCUGCAGCCGCUCUACAGGCUACCAGCUGCUCACUCUGGAGAAAGAUCAGGAGUACGUGGUGAUGAACCUGGACAGCCGUCUCCUGUCUUUCCCACUCUACGUCUGCUGUAACUUCCUGUACACUUCCCCCUCCCCCGAGCGCCGGGUCGACACCGGCGAAUCAGAAAGCAGCACCCGCAGCAAGUCGUGACCCUCCGGCCAAUAAGCUCCAUCCUGAUCUUGUGACAUCAUCACUUCGUACCACUCACUCACUUUUUACCAUCAGUUUUCUAUACCUUGCGUUAUUUUUACCUUUUUUUAAAGUGUAUACUGAUUGUAUUAAUUUGUUUUAUUUUACUUCUAUAUUUAUUUCUGAAUUUUGGAUUUUUUUUAUGCUUUUGGUAUAAUUAAACCCAAAACAAACCACAGACACAGUGAGUGCAUGUUAAUUUUACUUCUUCCGUUGUUGAAAUUAGUUUUGUAUGAAGAUAACCGUUGUGUUCUUGUGUUUGUUCAUACUGUAUAUGGCUCUGAUUUUGCCAGGCAUUCCUAUUUAUUCAGUGUUUUUGUACUGUUUAAAGAAAAAAAAAAACUGGUGCUGGUGCUUUUUUUUCUACAGGAUGCUUUUUUUUUUUCUUCCAGUGCAGCUCUACUCCACGUUACACAGACAUCACUUCUGGACAAUUGGCCAUUUCAUAUUUUCCAUAAUUCUGUAAUUAUAUUAUAUUGUGAAUAUGUACACAUGAUGAUGAAUGUGUCCUGGUUAAAUGUAGAUGACGUGUGCAUUAUGGACCAAAAUAAGAUCAUUCAGGCACAAGGAUCUAAUCAGCGCUGGCUGGUGUGUGAUCAGACGAGAGCCUAAUCGCAAAAAAUAAAAUGAUGAAAAACUGC